AUGGCUUCCAAGGAGUCUCUAUCGAGAAUCGUACAACUUGCAAAUACGAUCAGUACUUCAGUGAGAAAUAUUGAGGAAGUCCUGUCUGCCAAGGGUAUCGCAUCGCCUAGUUUUGAUGAAGAUGCCUCCUUCAACAUCCCUCUCGAGUUGAACACUCAUCAUGACGCUGUGCUUGACGCUACCGCCGAGCUUCAUGAUCUUCUGCUGGAACCAUUGAACCUGAUUCAUAGGCAUGGCGGCCACAAUAAUUCUUUAUGUAUGCAAGCUAUCGCAGAGUUCAAAAUGGCGGAUCUUGUUCCAUUGAAAAACCAAAUAUCUUUCGAUGAUAUCGCCAGUCAAACGCCACUAACCAGUGAGAUGACCGCUCGAAUUCUCAGACAUGCGAUGACUAUGCGUAUCUUUCGCGAGCCCGAACCGGGAAUGGUUGCCCAUACUGCUGCCUCGAGAACACUAAGCCAUUCGCCGGCCAACGACUGGCUAGCGGCUGGUACGAAGGAAAUGUGGCCGGCAGCUACCAAAAUGGUUGAGGCUCUUCACAAAUGGCCAGCUUCUCAAGAGGCAGAUGAGACGGGGUACGCGUUGUCAAACGAUACGCAAGAGACAAUUUAUCAAAUUUUCGCCAAAGAUACGGCGCGGGCUUCGCGCUGGGCAAGAGGGAUGCAAGUCUUCACUGAGAGACCCCAAUUCAAUUUAUCUUAUGUCACCGACCAUUAUGACUGGGAAUCUUUGGGUCCCGCUCAAGUUGUCGACGUUGGAGGCUCCCAGGGGCACGUCUCCAUGGCAUUGGCGAGAAAAUUCAAGAACCUCAACGUUAUUGUUCAGGACAUGGAAAGAGUGGUUGAGAACGCCACAGUUCCGGAGGAUCUACAAGGAAGAAUGAGAUUCAUGGCCCACGAUAUCUUUACACCUCAACCUGUUCAAGGCGCUGAGGUCUACUAUCUGCGAUGGAUUCUGCACAACUGGUCCGAUAAGUACUGCCUUUUGAUCUUGCGUGCACUGGUCCCUGCGCUGAAACGCGGAGCGAAGGUCAUCAUUCAAGAAACUUUGAUGCCAGAGCCCGGAACAGUGGCUCUUUGGAAGGAAAAGAAUCUGAGAGCGACCGACUUGAAUAUGGCUUCCGCUUUUAACGCCAAGGAAAGAACGGUGACUGAGUUUAAAUCUUUGCUCGAAAGGAGUGACCCAGCGUUCACGCUUAGGAGAAUUAUCGAGCCAAAUGGAUCAGCACUUGGUAUGGUGGAAUUCUUCUGGGAAGGUACAAAUUGA